AUGGUAUCGAGCUACGUUAGCUCCUCUCCCUCGCAGCCGCCGCCGCCGCCCGCCCGCCCCGGCUUCCUGCCGCCGCGCCCGGCCGCCGCCGCCGCCUCUUCCUCGUCGCCUGCCCCGUCCCGCCGACCACCGCCCGACCGCCGCCCCCGUCCGGCCGCCCGCGCCCGGCCGUCGCCCCCGUCCCGCCUCACGCGCCCGGUCGCCGCCCCCGCCGGUUGCCUCCCGCGCCCGGCCGCUGCCCGCGCACCGUCGGCCGUCUCCGCCUCGUCCGGCCGCCCGACUCCGCCCGCCCCGGCUUUCCCUCGUCCGGCCGCCCGCCUCAUCUCCGCCGGCCGCCGCUGCGCCCGGUGCUCCGCCCCGUCCGGCCGCCCGUCUCCGCCCCAUCCGGCCGCCGUCCCGCGCCCGGCCUCUCCCCUCCGCCGGGCCGCCCCGCCGCCAGGCCGUCCCGCGCCGGCCUCUCUCCUUCCGCCGGGCCGCCCCGCCGCCAGGCCGUCCCGCGUCUGCUACUGUUUUUCGGUCCUCUGUCCGCCGCGCCCCACUGCUCCUACGACGCCUAUUCCACCGACGCCUGUUGCCCUUGCCCCCGAUGCUACUAAGGAUGUCAAGGAUGCAGCCAAGAGUGCUGAUGACACUGCUCUGGCUGAGUAUGACCGGAAGGUUCAGGAGUAUUCUACUGCUGUUGCGACGUACCGGCUUGAUCUGACUGACUACACUCAGUGGAUAGAUAAGGAUGCUCGUGCUGCUGAUGUUCUCACUUCCAGUGUUCUGCCUGCUGAGUUCAUGGGUCUUCCCACUGUUGCUGCUCAGUGGGCUUUUUUCGUCAGUGCUAUCAGCCGUCUGGGGAUGCUCUUUACCUGUCUGUGGUUCGCUAGGAGCAUGCUCUUCAGCAGGGUGAUUCCACUAUUGAUUAUUCUAUACUCAGAGUGCUGCUAUCUGGCGUCAGCUUAA